AUGACAACUAUUUUUACUUAUCACCUUUUUAAAUAUUUUGGUUAUAAUCAAAGUCUUAAUUAUAGAGAAAAUCGCUCAGCACUAUUUGGUAAAACUGAUUCAACGGAAGGUAAUCUUAAAGGAGGUAGCUCUAAAUCGAAGCCUUCAGAUUCUUCAAAUUUUCAAUAUUUAGAUUUAGAAAGCCAGAAUGAAGAGAAAAUAGAAGGCUUAACAGGGAAAGUGAGAUUGUUAAAAGAGAUUACUUUGAGUAUUGGUGAAUCAGUAAAAGAAUCAAAUAGUUUAGUUGGAUCAAUGUCUGACCAAUAUUCCAAUACUAGAAAUUAUUUAAGUGGUACUAUGGAUAAAUUAAAGAUAUUGUCAAUAUCUCAAAAUAGCCU